AUGCAAGGAAACGAAAAGGAGAAUAUUCUUGGCGCAUACUACAGAAGCGCGUUUCCCACCGCGCUCAUUGCGAAGUGGCUGAGAUACACACGCACCCGGGAGUUCUCGUUUACGCUGGCAAACGACAUAUACAUCCGGUACAUCACAAUAAGCAGCGCGCGCGAGCUUGCCAACAAGCUGGUUGCGGAUAGGCCGCAGAAAAUAGACAUUGGGGGUGUGUACGUGCACAGGCCUGCGUCUGUCACGGCAGAGAACCAGUGCGUCAUAAAAGAGCUUGUUUUUGACAUCGACCUGACGGACUACAAAAGGGCGUGCUGCACGGACAAAAACAUGUGCAACACGUGCUUUCCCAUAAUCAAGUGUGCUGCCGAGAUACUGGACAUUGUGCUGCGGGAGGACUUUGGCUUCAAAAACAUUCUUUUUGUGUACUCCGGCGGAAGGGGCGUGCACUGCUGGGUCAGCGACUCAACUGCGAUGACGCUCACCGGGCGAGACAGGUCGAACAUUGCCGAGUACUUCGCAGAGAUGCCCAAAAGAAGCAACGAGGAAGUUGAAAAAAUCCUCAGAAAAUACCAGGCCAGCAUGGGCAUCGACGAGAAGGCGAGUCUGGGCAGCCUGUACGACCUGCUCUUUCCGAAGCUCGAUGCAAAUGUGACAAAGCAGAUGAAGCAUCUUCUAAAGUCCCCCUUCUGCAUCCACCCAAGGACAGGGCGCGUGUGUGUUCCGCUAGACCUCGCGCGCAUGGAGAGCCUGCAGCUGGAAGACAUACCAACGCUGUCUAGCGUGCUGGAAAGCCCGGGCGUGCUUGCUGAGCACAUAGAGUACUUUGAAAAGUUUAUCCAGCUGCCUGCUGUGUGA